GUUUCUAUGGGAGAGCAGGUGUUACUACAGACACUACUUUUGGAGGUGCUCUCCAUACCAGUGAAGAUAAACGACACAGAACAAAUUAGAGGCACUUCAGUUCCACAAUGACUACUCAGAAAUUAUUAGAGAAGAGGAUCAGAAAUGAUUAGGGUUUGAUUUCUGAGGAAUACCUAAGAGCUGUGUAUUGCAGUAGUGUAGCUGAAGGUUAACAAUAUCAAGGAUGGAGAAAUCAAGUAAUGGGAUGACAUUAGAAAAAAAAUCAGAAGCAAAAUCAAGAAGAUUUUGUUGAUGGUGAGACCUACAUUGUUAAUCCAUGAAACAUUCAAGGGAAAUGGUGAAACUCACAUUAUUUUGGACACCUGAACGUAAACUAAACAAAACACUGUAGAAUUACCUGCAAGAAGUGUCUGCACAGCAGGAGACACACAAGACACAACCAAGUCUUUUCCAGCUCUUAAUUUCUUAGAUGAUGCAUAUCCUGUUGUAAGAUGAUCCAGUUGGACAAAAUAUCAACCUCUCCUUCUAUAUGGAUCAACCUGCUAGUGAUGGUGAAGCUGGGAAAAGGCUACUCUAACCACAGCCAGGAUGAAUCGGCUGCCAGGUGAUGCAGAAAAUGCUCAGAGCAGCAGUCGGGGCUCCUGUCCUUCCUUGCAGGAUGUCCAUUCCAUCAACCCAGCGCAGCUGAUGGCAAGGAUUGAAUCAUAUGAAGGAAGAGAGAAGAAAGGCAUAUCAGAUGUCAGAAGGACUUUCUGUUUGUUUGUUACUUUUGACCUUUUAUUCGUAACCUUGCUGUGGAUAAUAGAGCUAAAUGUAAAUGGGGGCAUUGAGACUACCUUAGAGAAGGAAGUCCUGCAGUAUGACUACCAUUCUUCAUAUUUUGAUAUAUUUUUCACAACAGCAGUGACCAGUGCCUUUUUAUUAGCAAAAGUAAUUCUCUCAAAGUUGUUUUCCCAAGGUGCUUUUGGCUAUGUGCUGCCCAUUAUAUCCUUCAUACUUGCCUGGAUAGAAACCUGGUUCCUGGAUUUUAAAGUGUUACCACAAGAAGCAGAAGAAGAAAACAGGCUCUUGCUGGUGCAAGAUGCGUCUGAGCGAGCAGCUCUUCUUCAGCCAGGACACCUCUCUGAUGGGCAGUUUUAUUCUCCUCCUGAAUCUGCAGCAGGAUCUGAUGAAGAAUCUGAAGAAAAACAGGAUAGUGAAAAACCAAUUGUAUAGCAACUAUGAGAGGUAACAGAGUGAAAAUCUGAAUCAAAGGCCAUUAGGGAAUUGCCUAUUUUGAAACUGUAAUGACAAUGUCUGCAGUUGACUUAUUGGUGGAACUGCUAACAAAAGAAUGUAUUUAUUAGCGAGGAAAGAGGAGUGAUUCCCGUGUACUGUAAUACCUCACAGAGUUGUUCUGUUCACAUAUAUAUAUUAGACUGCCUCAUGGCUGUUAUGAAAAAUUACUCAUCCAUAUUGUAUUCAGUGAUUCUUGAAGUUGAUCUUCUAACGACUAGGUAGCUACUAGAAAGUGUUGUGCUUGUGUAACUAAUCAGUAGACCUGGUAAUAUAUUGAAGUAACACUUCUGUAUGAUGGAAGUAUAUUUAAUGAUUGUUUGAAUUCACCAGAUAAAAUUUAUUUUACUUUGUUAAAUAUUUGUCUUGUUAAUUUUUACAUUUUCUUUUUUUUUUAAACUCCAUGCUUUUUUUUUAAUGGACUUAUGCACUCUUUGUAAAAUAAAGAAAAAUGUUAAUAAAAACAAUGUGACAUGUUGCGACAUGUUUGUCUGUCCCUUCACAUAUUAUGAAGACCUGCCUUUCCAACCUCCUUGUCUCUCACUGGGAAACAAAUGGUCUAUGUUGACUUUCAUUUUUGUAUAGAUUUUAUGGGACAGCCCUGUAAAGUUAAUGUAUUCCUGCCUAUUGUGACAGACUCGUGUGGUGGAGUGUAAUCUCUAAAUAUAGCCUGUGCAACAGUAGAAUCCUGUUUAUUCAAGCAGAAGGCAAAUGUGGAGUUUAUUCUAAUAAAUGUUUUGGACAAAGUUUUCAA